GACAGGAAGGUAGACAUGGGCUCUCUGGACCUGGCUAAGGCGGGCGCUAUCCUGGUGAAGAAUGCGCUCAGUGGAGAGAUGGUUGAGUUGAAGUCCCUGUGGAAGGAGCAGACCACUGUCCUGCUUUUCUUGCGGAGAUUUGGCUGUCAGAUUUGCCGUUGGAUUGCAAAGGACAUGGGUAAGCUGAAGGAAUCCUGUGACGUUCACCAGAUACGCCUCGUAGGAAUUGGACCAGAAGAAGUAGGACUCAAAGAAUUCCUGGAUGGCAACUUUUUUAAUGGAGAACUUUAUAUAGAUGACUCCAAGCAGAGCUACAAAGACUUAGGUUUCAAAAGGUACAGUGCACUCUCUGUAAUUCCUGCUGCUCUGGGGAAAAAGGUUCGAGAUAUUGUCACCAAGGCAAAUGCUGAUGGAGUGCAAGGUAACUUCAGCGGGGAUCUUCUACAGAGUGGCGGGAUGCUAAUUGUCAGCAAAGGUGGUGAAAAGGUGUUGCUGCACUUUAUACAGGACUCUCCUGGUGACUAUGUGCCUUUGGAAACCAUUGUUCAGACUCUUGGAAUCACUGCUAAUGUGACUGAAAGCCAACGCCCACAGUGUAAUGAUGAUGUUUGUACAAGAUGAAGAAAGAAGACCAUGUGGAGUCUUGGUUGUACUCUUAUCUGUUCAUGGAUUGGCUGCGCAUAAUCAGGCUGAAUUUCAUGAAGUCAAAAGCAAAAGAAAAACAUUGAGAGGGUACACCACCUCAUAAAGUAAAAAAAACUUUAUUGAAACAAUAAAAAACAGAUGGCUGCAGUGUAAUAGACACCCAACUCGUUUCGGGAACCCCUUAGAGGGGUUGUUCACCUUUGAGUUAACUUUUAGUAUGAUGUAGAGAGUGAUAGUCUGAGACAAUUUGCAAUUGGUUUUCAUUUUUUAUUAAUAGUGUUUUUUGCGUUAUUUAGCUUUUUAUUCAGCAGCUCUCCAGUUUGCAAUUUCGGCCAUCUGUUUGCUAGGGUCCAAAUUACGCAAGCAACAAUGCAUUGAUUUGAUGAAUAAGAGACUGGAAUAUGAAUAGGAGAGGCCUGAAUAGAAAGAUGAGUAAUAAAAAAGUAACAAUAACAAUAAAUGUGUAGCCUUACAGAGCAUUUGUUUUUAGAUGGGGUCAGUGACCCCCAUUUGAAAGCUAGAAACAGUCAGAAGAAGAAGGCAAAUACUUAAAAAAACUAUAAAAGAUAGAAAAUGAAGACCAAUUGAACAGUUGCUUAGAAUUAACCAUUCUGUAACAUACUAAAAGUUACCUUAAAGGUGAACCACCCCUUUAAUCAGAGGCUAUCGUGAAGGUAGCAGCUUGCUAUUGCUUUGGUUAUAGAUUGACCAAACAACAUUUGACCAAAGUUUUCUGGGAUAUUUGUAAUUAAACCAUUUUACAUGUAGAACAGCUUUGCUGUAAGUAAAGUUGCCCAUAAAUAUUCUCUGUUAACCUGGCCAAUUGGCAGCCCUGUUGCUCUGUAUGUACGGUACCAAAACACUGGCCUACGUGAUCAGAAAUCGGGACAAUUAAUAUUGAUGCGGAAAAUUCACCUAAUUAUUAUCCCAAGAUCCACCCAUUUGCCUCACUACUUGGGUGACUUAACCCGAUAAAAAUAUUGCAAGCUUUCACUUUAUUCUGUAAUGCUUGGGUUAUAGACUAUUUACACAUUCGUAUUUAGCUGUAUAAAUGGGAACAGACAUAAUUGUUGUCUCACCAUGGCCUCGUUCAAAAGUUCUAAUGAAAUGGAGACCUCUUGUGGCUCAACUUUAAUGUUGCAAUGCACAAUUCCUUGAAGAAAUACCUUUUGAACUGUGAAUCUCUCAAGACAUGGUGUUUACGCUUGUUUUAUUUAGGAAGACGAGCAGUAACUAAACAAGCGUGCAUGAUUUCUUGGAUACAUAAAUGUCCUUUAUAUGUCCUUUAUAAUACAGGACCCGAAGCUCUAGAAUACACUAUCUAACCAAUUUAUGCCUCUUGAAUAAAUACUUCAUAAUGAA